GCCGAUCCGAAGCUCGGAAAACUAAAGGACGACGAUGGGAGGCUGCCCAUACACUGGGCCGCCUCGUCGAACCAGCAUGCCAUCGCCCUCAUGCUCGCCAACCAGAAAGGCUUCGACCCGGAUGCCGAAGACGACAGUGGCUGGACUCCAUUGAUGAUCGCGGCCAGUGUAAAAGACUCCGAGGCCAUCGUAGACUUGCUGCUUCAAAAAGGCGCCGACAUAAAUCAAACAAACAACAGUGGUCAGGUUAGUCAGUGACCGAUCAGUGUUCAGCCAGGGUUGCCCCCGAUCCUGCCACAGGUACGCUAACACGAUAUGACUACAAAACCCCCGGAACAGAGUGUGAUGCACUUCGUCUCAUCCAAGAACAACCUCGAGCUCGCCCGCAAGCUGCUCGACCAGAAGCCGCCAGCGUCCGUCCGCAUCCGCGACAUGCGGGGCCAGUAUCCCCUUCACCGUGCUGCGGCGGUCGGUUCUGCACCGCUGGUCCAGCUACUCGUCAAGCACAAAAGUCCGCUCAAUGCGACCGAUUCGGCGGGCUAUACCGCCCUGCACCAUGCCGUUGCCGAGGGACAUGGUGACACCGCAGUAGCGCUGAUCAAAGCCGGCGCCGAGCUGGAUAAGCGGGACAUGGACGGGCAACUAGCACUCGACUUGGCUCCCGACAAGGCGGUUCGCAAGUAUAUAGAGCGCGAAUGCGAGAACGAAGGCAUCGACCUGUAGGGGUAUAACAUGACCAUAGCAAUAUCAAAAACAGAGUCUUCUGUAGUCAUUGCCAUUCAGCACUUGUAUGCAAUUCACAGGGCCAAGUAGCAACGAUGAAUACGCUACAGCUUU